AACCUGAUUUUUAAAGGAAUAUUCCACGUUUUAACUGCUUUAUUUCAGAUUAAGAAACUUGGAGUGAAUUUAUAUAAACUGACCAUUAUGUCAGAGCUUUUAUUAAAAAAACGAUGUAAACUAUGUUAGCUGCCCUAAACCCCACAUUUAUUGGAUAAUCUAUAAACCAGCCCAGGUUUGUCUAAAGACUGGAUUAUUGAACAUCUGAGGUAAACUUUUACCUGAACUUUCCCCAGUAGCCUGCAGGUUUCACCAGUGGGAAAAAAAAACAUGUUUAGUGGAAGAAUGUUGUCAUUUUUACCUGAAUUAAGCUGGUAGAGGCCCAAGAAGCUUUACAAUCCUCAUUUUUAUUCUUAUUAGAUGUGAAAAGCUUUAUAUUUAUGGUUUCCAGACCAUAAAUACUGAGUUUGUUUACAGUUUGUGCCUGUGGAUGUUUCCUCUGCCUGAUCUUUGUCUGUUCAGACACAUUACAUAAAUGACAGCAGCAGAUCUGCUGCUCUUUGUUAAAACCAGAUUCUGGUUUCUGACCCAAACCGUCUGUUAUUAGCUGCCAGCAGGACUUUAUGCAGUAAUCUGUGAUGUUUGAUUGGAGGUGAAAUGGUUCAGCGUUUCCUGUGAAUCAGCAGCUUUGGGUCUUUAUUUCUGGAUCUUUCUGAGCUCAGCGCUGCGUUCAGGGGGGAUGGGGAUUCAGACGGAGUAUGAAAUCCUCGAUCUGUCACCGGAUCGCUGUGUCGGAGGUCCGGGGAGAACCGGGUCGGGCUCCUGGACCUUUGAGCUGCAGGUUGAUGAUCAUCCUGAUGCUGCAGGAAAACGACUCGACUGAGGUUCUGCAGCGUUUUGUUGCUCCUCAUCUUCUCUGGUUCUGGUUGGUUUGAUGGUUUUCAGACAGAACCUCUGCGAUUGGGUCGGAGGAGGACGUGAUGCUGCUCAGGUCUGUUUGGACCUCUGAGGCCCGGUUAGAGGAGCUGAAGCAUUUCUGCUGCAUUCCUUCAAUCAGCUGAUCAGAACCUCCAGCAGCUGCAAAUAUCACAACAAACCCAGUCAGUAGACGGGUUCUGCUCCAGGUCCGGUUCUGCUCCAGGUCCGGUUCUGCUCCAGGUCCGGACCGGUUCCCCUCCACAGCUCGGACCGGUCCGGUUCUGCUCCCACCUGUUGGGUCUCGUCCAGCUCCUCCUCCUCCUUUCUUCCUCCUCAGAGCCCCGCCCCCUCCUGCCAGGCUGCGUCCUGAUUGGCUGAGGCUUUGGGUUUAGGAGCGGCCCGGCCCGGUCCGUUCCUCAGUCCGACAGAGCGUCGAGGAGGAGGAGGAGCAGCUGAGGGCCGGUUGCUUGGCAACAUGCAGCUGAUGGACGGCACCGUGCAGGACGCUCUUCCUCCGAAGCCAGUUAGACCCCAGCCGCCGCCGCCUUCUUCCGGGGUCAGAGGUGACGAUGGCGACUCGCUGCAGGAAGCAGAGUGGUACUGGGGAGACAUUUCCAGGGAGGAGGUGAACGAGAAGCUGAGGGACACGCCAGACGGGACCUUCCUGGUGCGGGACGCCUCCACCAAGGUGCAGGGGGACUACACCCUGACCCUGAGGAAGGGAGGCAACAACAAGCUGAUCAAGAUCUACCACCGAGACGGGAAGUUCGGCUUCUCGGAGCCGCUGACCUUCGGCUCGGUGGUGGAGCUCGUCGGCCAUUACCGGCACCAGUCACUGGCCCAGUACAACACCAAGCUGGACGUUCGCCUCACCUACCCGGUGUCCCGCCUCCAGCAGGACCAGCUGGUGAAGGACGACAACAUUGACGCUGUGGGGAAAAAGCUGCAGGAAUACCACAGCCAGUACCAGGAGAAGAGCAAAGAGUACGACCGGCUGUACGAGGAAUUCACCAAGACCUCCCAGGACAUCCAGAUGAAGCGCACGGCCAUCGAGGCCUUCAACGAGACCAUCAAGAUCUUCGAGGAGCAGUGCCAGACGCAGGAGCGCUGCAGCCAGGGCUGCGUGGAGCGCUGCAGCCGCUGCAGCGGCGACAAGGACACGGAGAGCAUCCUGGUCAACUUCGAGAAGCUCAAGUCCCGCCUGGGGGAGAUCCACGACAGCAAGGUGCGUUUGGAGCAGGACCUGAAGACUCAGGCCACGGAGAACCGCGAGACGGACAAGAAGAUGAACAGCCUGAAGCCCGACCUCAUCCAGCUGCGCAAGAUCCGCGACCAGCACCUGGUCUGGCUGAGCCAUAAGGGAGUCCGGCAGAAACGAAUCAACGACUGGCUCGGCCUACAGAACGACGCCGCCGAUCAAGGCGGCGAGGAAGAGGAGAGCCUGCCUCACUACGACGAGAAGAGCUGGUUCGUAGGAGACGUGAGCCGGACGCAGGCGGAGGAGCUGCUGGGCGGGAAGCCGGACGGAGCCUUCCUGAUCCGGGAGAGCAGCAAGAAGGGCUGCUACGCCUGCUCUGUGGUGGCGUCGGGCGCGGUGAAGCACUGCGUCAUCUACAGCACGCCGCGCGGCUUCGGCUUCGCCGAGCCGUACUUCCUGUACGGCAGCCUGAAGGAGCUGGUCCUCCACUACCGCCUCACCUCGCUGGUGCAGCACAACGACGCGCUCAACGUGCGCCUCGCCCACCCCGUCCACGCCCCCGCGCCGCCCCUCUGCAGGUGAACCCAGGGGGCCGGACUAGAUCUAUUUCUACUAGAAGUUCCCGGGCGGCGCUCUACAUCUAGACUGCUUGAUUUGCACAGGAAGUGAAUGUGAAGAGAAGAAACGUUUCAGGUUCAACGCCGACCCCAUCGACUGCGUCUGGAAACAUUCGGCCUGCCGGGCCGCCAUGUUGGGGGCGGGGCCUCCGGCCUGGGCCUCAGCAGAUCCACAGGAGGCUUUAGGCGUCCGUUCUAAAGCCUGAUCAGAAACGCCUGCAGCGAAAUUUAUUCAUCCGCUCUGAAAUGAAACCAUUCAGAAAGUUCUACAGCUUGUUGCUCUGGGCCCGGCUCUGGGUCUGGGUCUGGUUCCGGCUCUGGGUCCGGUUCCGGCUCUGGGCCCGGUUCCGGCUCUGGGCCCGGUUCCGGCUCUGGGCCCGGUUCUGGCUCUGGGUCCGGUUCCGGCUCUGGCUCCGGUUCUGAGCAGCAGCUGGAAGCCAACUCUUACAUUUACAGUCUUAAUCCACCUGAUUUCAGAUGAAACAGGUAAUUUAAACGGCAGCAGCUGAAACGGUUCUGGUUCUGGAUCUGGAUCCAGAAACAAACAUUUUGAUCCAACAUGAAGGAAAAAUGUAGAUUUAACAAAACAAUCAGAACCAAAGACUUUAACAGGCAGAGCUGGAAAUUUUGCUCCUGAUUUCAUUUCCAGCAUCGUUUCUGUCCUUCACUGACAUCUAGUGGUGAAGUUAAAAACUGCAACAAAGAGCAGGAAGUUUUCUCCUAAAAAAAUUACAACUAAUUUAGCAUUGUAAACUUUAAAUGGGCCGUUUGAGCUGAUUGGUCGGCGCCUCCUUCCUGUGGAGCUUCUGGCUCUCUGAUUGGCUGAUGACCGGGUCUGCUGGCUCCUCCCCCAUCUGCAGCGAGUCCACAAAAACCCACAGGUGUGUGUGUGUGUGUGUGUGAACCCGUCUGACGCUGAAAGCCAUUAGUGGUGAAACUGUUCCCGUUUGGACCCGGCAGGCGGGUCAGAACCGGGUCGGGCCGCCCCACCCUUCAGAACCACAGCAAAGGAGCUGAACUGUGAGCGUUUAUUUAUUUCAUGCUGAGUGAAGCUGACAGAACUGCAGACUGGACCGGACCGGACCGGACAGAACUCCAGCAGCACAAAGUACCGACCCGGUUCUGCUGCACCGUUUCCCUCCACUCCGGUUCUCUGAACCCGUUUGAAUGUACAGAGACGGGUUCUGAUCCGUUUACCCUCCACACACUGACUGACCUCUGCAGGUGCUACCGGGUCGGACCGGACCGGGUCGGGUCGGGUCGUCGCCCCCUCAGGUGUUUUCAAGCCAGCAGCGGGAAAACGAAGCGAAUCAGGGUUUUUUGUUUUUGUGUCCGGUUCUCAUCCGGUCAGUUUGUUGUGACCUCUGACCUCUUCACCGUCUCCAUGGGAACUACUUGAAGUGCUGAAUGUGUUUCUGAGAGUUUAUUAAAGUUUUAAGCUGCACACAUCUCCCUGUGAUGUCUGAUCUAUAGAUAUAGAUCUAUAUUUAGUUUAUAUGAACAGCUGGAAGCUCGAUUCUCAUCCCUGGAACAUUAAAACCAAAGAUUUUAGUUUGUCAGAGGAUUUAUUUGCUUUUGCCACUUGGAAAAAUUUUUUGGAAGAAUCUGUAAAAUCCUGGUUUGUUUACAUUCCAGAUGUAAAGGAAAAAAAAGCGUUCAGUUUGUGGAUCGAGACAAAAAUGUCUGGAUGUCAGAAAACGAUCAGCGGAUCCGUCUGGAAAAUCAUCCUGCAGGAAAACGUCCAGAAUCUGAUGAAGGUUUCAUCAAAACUCAUGAAAAAACUGCUGAUGGAAACAAUCUGAGUCUGAACAUUUAAUGUUAGAUUCUUUAGUUUUUGACGUUUUAUUUUUUAGAACCUGCCCUGUAAUUUAAGUUAUUAGCUGAAAUAUUACAGCGAAUUACAGAAAAAAUUAAAAUGUCGCAAAGUAUUACGACUUUAUUCACGUUGUUACACGUUAACUCAUUCUGACGUCUAAGUAGUUUGACUGACUUGCACAUUAUUAUGACUUUAUUAUACAACUUAAUUUUCACCAUUUAUUCUUCUACGAUUCUCAAACUUUCUUAUUUCAUGUUUGCCACAUGUUAUAAUUUUACUCAGUUUAACUUCAGAAUAUGACGACGUUACGCCAUUCAAACUUAUUUCAAGUUUGUCGCAUUACUACGACUUUUUCUUAGUAUAAUUUCUCAUAAUAUUACAAAUUAAUUCUUUUUAUUCUGGCAUCAACUUAAUUUUCGUAUAUUUUUAACCUGGUCCUAAUAAAUACUCCAUCAAUCGGCUCCAAUAAAUUCAAAAUAAACGUUAAAGUUUAUAAACAAAUCGUCUAUUUAACAAUUUUCUGUAAAUUCAGUUGAAACUUUUUCAGCUGGAACUGAAGUAAAUUUAGUUCAGAUCCAGUUGAACUAGCAGUUUCUGCCGGAUGAUUUCCCAACGUUCCUCCGUCGGGAGGAGGGGCUUCGUGCACGAGGCUCCGCCCACAGCGCCAUGACUUUCCCCUCAUGGCGCUGAAAGCAAACAGGAAGUUUGUGCAUCAAACCAAAACAAUCAGUUUAACCAAGUUUACUUUUCACCGACUGUUUGGUUGAAGUUUCCAGUUUUUGGAAAACUUGACUUUUGUCCGGAACGUGUCGGGGAACCGAGGCGGCCGCCGGGUCGGAUCCGGCCGCCGACGCGUUCCGCCAUCACAGGACUGUUACAGCGACGGUUUGAACCAGUUUGAUUCUCACUGGGAGUCGCGUCGCAUUUUACCAGCUUCUGGUCAGAAAUGUCACAUUUUAAGAGAAGAAAAAGGUUUUACAGUGUACAUGACGCCCGUCCCGUUCCCCCUGUACUGAUCCAGCAUGCAUCUUUGGUACUUGACUGUUUUAUGUGUAAAAUAAAGAAAAUGUUUAAAAGAUGUCUUUGGAAAACAACUGUUAUUUGUCUGUUUUUGGUGUUUUCUGAUCUGAAUUAUGAGCAAAUUUAACCGCAGAGAAAGUGGAGGGUUAAAAAUCUGAACUGUUUUUCAUUCCUGAUCGGCGUUUUCUCCCGUUUUCGCUCCAGUCUCACUUUGGUUUCUCGUUUCGGUUGCAGACGUUUGUUGGUUGUAAAUUCUGACUUGGUUAAAACGGGCAGCAGCGCCGCGCCGCCAUCUUGGCUUCUGUUGCAGAAUAAAGACAAUAUUUUGAUGAAA